AAACGGUUUACGCUGUUUAGUGUGGCAGGACAUUGUCUACGUUUGUGCCUCUCUCUUAACCAGAACAAUAAUUGAAAACGUAAAUAUUUAGCGGAAGCUGAGCUUUUGAAAAUGGUUGGAGGAGGAUGUAAAAGGAUGUUCGUAGUGAAAAGAGGUGGUAGGCAAGAAGAUGUCCAUUUUGACAAAAUUACAUCAAGAAUUCAAAAGCUUUGCUAUGGACUCAACAUGGAUUUUGUUGAUCCUACUUCCAUUACCAUGAAGGUAAUAAAUGGUCUAUACCCAGGUGUAACAACUGUGGAACUGGACAAUCUUGCUGCUGAAACAGCUGCAACAAUGACGACUAAACAUCCUGAUUAUGCAAUCCUGGCAGCUCGAAUUGCUGUGUCCAAUCUUCAUAAAGAAACCAAAAAGGUUUUUUCAGAGGUGAUUGAUGAUUUAUAUAGAAUGAAGGAUAAGAAGACCAACAAGCCCACACCUAUGAUAUCAGACUUUCACCAUGGUGUAAUUAUGAAGCAUGCAGAUAAACUUAAUUCUGCCAUCAUUUAUGAUAGGGAUUUUAAUUUCAACUACUUUGGAUUUAAGACUUUGGAGAGAUCUUACUUGUUGAAAAUUUCUGGGAAACCUGUAGAGCGACCACAACACAUGAUGAUGAGAGUGUCAGUUGGCAUACAUGGAGAUGAUUUAGAAACAGCCAUUGAAACAUAUAACUUGUUGUCUGAAAAGUGGUUCACCCAUGCCUCCCCAACAUUGUUUAAUGCUGCUACACCAAGACCUCAACUAUCAAGCUGUUUCCUUCUGACCAUGAAAGAUGACAGCAUCGACGGUAUUUAUGAGACAUUAAAGCAAUGUGCCAUAAUAUCUAAAUCAGCUGGCGGUAUUGGCCUCAACAUACAUUGCAUACGUGCUACCGGGAGUUAUAUUGCCGGAACAAAUGGAAUAUCGAAUGGUCUAGUCCCAAUGUUACGCGUGUACAACAACACUGCGCGUUACGUAGACCAGGGUGGCAACAAACGCCCCGGGGCCUUUGCUAUUUACCUGGAGCCUUGGCAUUCGGAUGUUUUCGAGUUCCUUGAUUUAAAGAAAAAUACUGGCAAAGAAGAAAACCGUGCACGCGAUCUGUUUUACGCUCUUUGGAUUCCGGACCUUUUCAUGAAACGUGUGGAAUCUGACGAAGAUUGGUCACUUAUGUGUCCGCAUGAAUGUCCUGGAUUGGCCGAUACUUGGGGGGAAGAGUUCGAAGCUUUGUAUACUAAGUACGAAGAAAGUGGAUUAUAUAGGCGGAAGGUAAAAGCGCAACAACUCUGGUUUGCUGUAAUCGAAUCUCAGAUCGAAACCGGUACACCUUAUAUCUUGUAUAAAGAUGCCUGUAACCGCAAAUCAAAUCAACAAAACCUGGGCACUAUCAAAUGCAGCAACUUGUGCACUGAAAUUGUUGAAUACAGCUCUCCAGAUGAAGUCGCAGUCUGCAAUUUGGCCUCAAUCGCACUGAAUAUGUUUGUUAGGCCAGACCGGUCGUUUGACCUUUCAAAACUGAAGGAUGUAACGAAAGUGAUAACGCGAAAUCUCAACAAGAUCAUCGAUGUUAAUUAUUAUCCUGUUCCCGAAGCCAAAUUGUCGAAUUUUCGCCAUCGUCCGAUAGGAAUUGGAGUUCAAGGCUUGGCUGAUGCUUUUAUUCUAAUGCGCUAUCCAUUUGAUAGUGAAGAAGCGCAACUGCUAAAUAAGCAAAUUUUCGAAACGAUUUAUUACGGCGCACUAGAAUCUUCAUGUGAGCUCGCUCAGCAAUUCGGCCCAUACGAAAGUUACCCUGGAUGUCCUGUUAGCAAAGGGAUCCUCCAGUAUGAUAUGUGGGGCGUUACUCCCACGGACUUGUGGGAUUGGGCUUCGCUGAAGAAAAAAAUUGCCGAAUUUGGAGUUCGCAAUUCACUUUUACUAGCACCUAUGCCCACGGCUUCAACGGCACAAAUUUUAGGUAACAAUGAAUCGAUCGAAGCGUACACUUCCAACAUCUAUGUCCGCCGAGUCCUCUCAGGAGAAUUUCAAGUUGUAAAUCAUCAUCUACUUCGUGAUCUUACCGAAGGCGGCUUAUGGAAUGAAGAUGUGAAAAACGGUAUUAUCGCCCAUAAUGGUUCCAUUCAAGAAAUUGAUGGAAUACCAGACGAUGUGAAAGCUUUGUAUAAAACAGUAUGGGAAAUUCCGCAGCGCGUCAUCAUUAAGAUGGCAGCUGAUCGUGGUGCUUUCAUCGAUCAAAGUCAGUCAUUGAACAUACAUAUUGCGGAACCGAAUUAUGGAAAAUUGACUUCAAUGCACUUCUAUGCCUGGAAAUUGGGACUGAAAACGGGAAUGUAUUAUCUCAGAACAAAACCCGCUGCAAGUGCCAUUCAGUUUACAGUUGAUAAGUCCAAACUGAAAAAAUCUUAUGUGGGUGAUUCAUCUGCCACAGCGAAAUCGGCAGACGAAGAGCGAAAGAACCGUGAAGCAAUGGUAUGUUCGCUGCAGAACAAGGACGACUGCUUGAUGUGUGGAUCAUAAUCUCGAUUCAUUAAACAAGUUUCUUUUUUU